GACCUGCCCCAGCAGCCGGGGCCGCGGUCCCAGGUCCCGGCCGGGCGCCAUGGAGCGGCGCUGGCCCCUGGGGCUCGCGGCGCUGCUGCUGCUGCUGCUGCUGCUGCCCCCGGGGGCGCGCGCCAAGGAAGUCACCCUGAUGGACACUCGCAUGGCACAGGGAGAGCUGGGCUGGCUACUGGACCCUCCAGAGGAUGGGUGGAGUGAAGGGCAGCAGAUCCUGAACGGGACGCCCCUGUACAUGUACCAGGACUGCCCGGUGCAGCAGGGGGGGGACACUGACCACUGGCUCCGCUCCAACUGGAUCUACCGUGGGGAGGAGGCCUCGCGCGUGCACGUGGAGCUGCAGUUCACUGUGCGCGACUGCAAGAGCUUCCCCGGGGACGCGGGGCCUCUGGGCUGCAAGGAAACUUUCAACCUCUUGUACAUGGAGAGCGACCAGGACGUGGGCAUCCAGCUUCGGAGACCCUUGUUCCAGAAGGUGACCACAGUGGCUGCAGACCAGAGCUUCACCAUCAAAGACCUGGCCCUGGGAGAGAUGAAGCUGAACGUGGAGCACUGCUCCCUGGGCCGCCUGACCCGCCGCGGCCUCUACCUCGCUUUCCACAACCCGGGUGCCUGCGUGGCCCUGGUGUCAGUCCGCGUGUUCUAUCAGCGCUGCUCGGAGACAGUGCAUGGCCUGGCACAGUUCCCAGACACUCUCCCUGGACCUGGAGGCUUGGUGGAAGUAGCAGGCACCUGCUUGCCCCAUGCCCAGGCUGGCUCCAGCAUACCCAAGAUGCAUUGCAGCCCAGAAGGCGAGUGGCUGGUGCCAGUGGGCCAGUGCCACUGUGAGCCAGGCUAUGAGGAUGGCAGAGAGGACAGCCAGGGAUGCCUCGCCUGUCCCAUCGGCUUCUACCGGGCUGACGUGGACACACCCCACUGUCUCAAGUGCCCCCAACACAGCACGACCGAGUCUGAGGGGGCCACCAUGUGCACCUGUGAGAGUGGUCACUUCCGCGCUCCUGGGGAGGGGCCACAGGUGGCGUGCACAAGUGUCCCCACCGCUCCCCAGAACCUGAGCUUCUCUGCUUUGGGGACCCAGCUCUCCCUACGUUGGGAGCCCCCAGCCGACACUGGGGGCCGCCGGGAUGUCCAGUACAACGUGGUGUGCUCCCAGUGUCGGGGCGCAGUGCAGGAUGGUGGCUCCUGCCAGCCCUGCGGGGGGAGUGUGCGCUUCUCCCCGGGGCCCAACGGGCUCACCACACCUGGCGUGCGCGUGGACGGCCUCGAACCCUACGCCAACUACACCUUCUACGUGGAGGCCCUGAAUGGAGUGUCUGGGCUGGAGCCCUCCAGGCAAGCUAGUGCCUCCAUCAGCAUCAGCAUGGGGCAUGCAGAGCCUCUGUCUGGCUUGUCACUGAGGCUGGUGAAGAAGGAGCCAAGGCAGCUGGAGCUGACCUGGGCCGGGUCCCGGCCCCGCAGCCCCGGGGAGAACCUCAGCUAUGAGUUGCAUGUGCUGAACCAGGACGAAGAACGGCACCAAAUGGUUCUGGAGCCCAGGGUCCUGCUGACCGAACUGCAGCCAGACACCACAUACAUCGUCAGGGUCCGGAUGCUGACCCCACUGGGACCUGGCCCUUUCUCCCCUGACCAUGAGUUCCGGACUAGCCCACCAGUUGCCCGGGGUCUGACCGGAGGAGAGAUCGUGGCCAUCAUCUUUGGGGUGCUGCUGGGCGUGGCCCUGCUGCUAGGGAUUUUCUACUUCCGGUCCAGGAAGGCCCAGAGGAGAAGGCAGCCGAGAAAGCGGGAUCGAGCUGCAGAAGUGAACCCAGAGGACAAGCUAUGGCUGAAGCCUUACGUGGACCUGCAGGCUUAUGAAGACCCUGCACAGGGAGCUCUGGACUUCACCCAGGAGCUUGACCCCAGCUGUCUGGUCGUGGACAUGGUCGUAGGUGAAGGAGAGUUUGGGGAAGUGUAUCGGGGAACCCUGAGACUCCCCAACCAGGACUCUAAGACUGUGGCCAUCAAGACCUUGAAAGACACAUCCCCGGAUGGCCAGUGGUGGAGCUUCCUUCGUGAGGCCACCAUCAUGGGCCAGUUCAGCCACCCGCACAUUCUGCACUUGGAAGGCGUGGUCACAAAGAGAAAACCUAUCAUGAUCAUCACAGAGUUUAUGGAGAAUGGAGCCCUGGAUGCCUUCUUGAGGGAACGGGAGGACCAGCUGGUCCCUGCACAGCUGGUGGCCAUGCUGCAGGGCAUCGCCUCGGGCAUGAACUACCUCAGUGACCGCAGCUACGUCCACCGCGACCUGGCCGCCAGGAACAUCCUGGUGGGCCAGAGCCUGUGCUGCAAGGUGUCUGACUUUGGCCUGACCCGCCUUCUGGACAACUUUGAUGGCACUUAUGAGACCCAAGGAGGAAAGAUCCCCAUCCGCUGGACGGCGCCAGAAGCCAUCGCCCACCGCAUCUUCACCACGGCUAGUGACGUGUGGAGUUUUGGCAUCGUCAUGUGGGAGGUGUUGAGCUUUGGGGACAAGCCGUAUGGGGACAUGAGCAACCAGGAGGUGAUGAAGAGCAUCGAGGAUGGGUACCGGCUGCCCCCGCCCGUGGACUGCCCUGCUCCCCUCUAUGACCUCAUGAAGAACUGCUGGGCCUAUGACCGGGCCCGCAGGCCCCACUUCCACCAGCUGCAGACACAUCUGGACCGACUGUUGGCCAACCCCCACCCACUGCGGACCAUUGCCAACUUUGAUCCCAGGGUGACCCUGCGCCUGCCCAGCUUCAGCGGCUCGGAUGGGAUCCCCUACCGCAGCGUCCCCGAGUGGCUGGAGUCCAUCCGCAUGAAGCGCUAUAUUCUGCACUUCCGCUCGGCCGGGCUGGACACCAUGGAGUGUGUGCUGGAGCUGACGGCCGAGGACCUGACACAGAUGGGGAUCACGCUGCCGGGACACCAGAAGCGCAUCCUCUGCAGUAUUCAGGGGUUCAAGGACUGAACCCCCUUGUGAGGGAGCGGGGGGGGGGUGGUCACCGUCUCAGUCAUGCGUGUCCCUCCCCCCAACCUGUGCAGGAGCCCCCCAUGGAGGCCCUUGGUGCUGUUCUGGCCUUUCUUCCCUGCAAGCAACCCACCACCACCACCACCGGGAGUCAGGGGGCUGAUUUCCACAGGGCGGUGGGGUACCAGUGAGAAGGGACCUGGGGGAGGGAGCUAUGGUCGGGUUUAAUAUAUAUAUAUAUUCAUAUACCUUUAUUUUUGUAAAUAAACAGAAACUGAGUUUUCACUUGUG